UCACCACUACAUGUCAGUGUCUACACCUACAGACCAUCAUCACCACACCUUGUCAGUGUCUACACCUACAGACCACGAUCACCACACCAUGUCAGUGUCUACACCUACAGACCAUCAUGACCACACUAUGUCAGUGUCUCAACCUACAGACAACCAUCACCACUACAUGUCAGUGUCUACACCUACAGACCAUCAUCACCACACCAUGUCAGUGUCUCCACCUACAGACAACCAUCACCACUACAUGUCAGUGCCUCCACAUAUCGACCACAACCUGUGAAGAUCCGGGGGAGAAUAGGUCUUCAGCAACCCAUGCUUGCCAUAAAAGGCGACUAUGUAGUUCCUGUUGUUCUCUCAUUGAUAUUAAUCAUAGACAAUAUAUCUCAUUCAAUAUCUUGAAGCUGCCAAUGAAAGCAUAAACUCAAUUACUGUGCAAAUAUAAGUAUGACGUAUGAAGUUAUCAUUUUUAUCUUCAAAUACCACGAUGUGCCCACUGAUUGUUAAGAACUAUGUAACUAUGAAGUAUGAACUGUUAACAAUGUCACCUGUAAUUGUUUUUUUGGCAAUAGCUUGAAAGCCCAAUGCAACGCCGCACAUUGAUUUUCAUCUUGCAUGUUCGGUGACCACGCAAUCGCUGAGCCACACUGUAGCUUUGCCGGUCUGGCCUGGAUACAUAACUUCGACAAGGAAUUAAGCUGUCUUCUUCCACGCUGAAGUUGGAUAAUCGCCUGGUGGCAGCACAGAGACGUCUCGUUGUGAGGGGAGAAUGAAGUUGAAAAUCGCACCUAUCGGAUUCAUGUUUGGGUUUGGCUGUGGCGCCCUUUUUCUUAUCAUCACUCAGUAUCGAGUCACAGAACAGAAGGCCCAUCUAGAUGCUAGUACCACGGCCCAACUCAAGUACCGAAAAUCAAAUUGGGCGUUGCAUUCCGAAGAAAACAUGGAUGGACCACUCAAGGACCUUCGCCAGCAAGGACAGGUUCGCCUACCGGAGAAAGAUGUAAUAGAGAAAAUGUCCAUCAGUGAAGCAUUCAAAACGUACCACAGUUACCUUGACAACGUAGAUAUGUUGUGCAAGCGAAAGCUGCGCAUGGGCAAACUCGGAGACGGAGGCUGGGAGAUAUGUGAUGACGCAGAAUACCGACCAGUAAAGCCUUGCAUUGUGUACUCCUUUGGAAUCAACAACGAUUUUUCUUUUGACGAUGAAACGGCCAAAAACUAUGAGUGUGACGUCUUUUCCUUUGAUCCGAGUAUGAAACAGAAAAGUUACCAGAGAUCACCACGGGUGCGGUUUUUAAGUUUAGGUAUUGAUGGAAAGGACUACAAGAAGGGUUCCUGGGAUCUUCAUUCAUUGACCAGUUUCAAGAAAAUGUUGAACCACACAGGGAGAUUCAUUGAUGUUCUCAAGAUGGACGUUGAACAGUCAGAAUGGCCAGCGCUGCCCAACAUGAUCUCAUCAGGGGAACUGUCUAAAGUCCGGCAGUUUCUCGUGGAGUACCACGGACAUUGUACCACAAGAAAUGAUUGCAUCAGCAAUCUGAACAUUUUGAAAGACAUCUAUGAUAAAGGAUUUAGGAAGUUUUAUGUUCACAAAAAUCAUCAUUGUGGAUUUAAAAAUAAUUUAUUUCCUGUCAUAAGGACAGGUUGCUAUGAGAUUCAUUAUGUGAAUAUCAACAUACAGUAAAUGCCAUAUUUGAUCAUUUUUAAAACAACAUUUCAAAGUCUGCCGCCACUUCAAAAUUUCCGGAUUGCCGUCAUAUAGCCGUGUUCAGCGUGAACAACCAACAAACAAACAAAAUCAAAAUUUAAACCCUCUCGUCUUUUGUUCCAUGUAUUGCUCUGAGACGAUACCUUCAGAUCAGUAUAACAUGACAUCCUUAAUCUACAUGUAUGUCUGUCGCUGUAAAACUACAUUUACUAUGUGUUCAGUACUAUGUCAAAAAAUAAAAACCUCAAAACCCUUUCCAUACCACAAGAAAUCUCUGUAAAAGCGGACUCGAUUGUAUGAUUCCGACUAUAUCAUGAGGAUGUGUUUAUGACUCACUAUCAACAAAUCAUCAUACCAGGUGUUCGGGAAAAGGCGGUCGUAUUCAAUCCCAUACGCCUUCAAGCAAGGUUAUCAACCUGUAGGUCAUAUAAUCACAGAUGACUUCUCUGUUCAGUUUAUGUGUUUAACAAAACACAUUUCGGUAAAAUUCGAUAACGGAUAUAUUACUCAAUAUAUUUAUCAAUGAACUGUUUCUCAGUUCAGCAUACAAGGGACAGAGUAGUUAGAAAUAGCAUUCACUUUCUACAGUGUUUAAAUCACAAAACUGACACAUUCUGUGUGCCCUUACGAUCCCCACAUAUCUUCCCAUCUCGAUAAAGAGUUCAUGUGAACUACAUCUGCAAAUGCAAUUCGAAAUGAUUUUUUGUUACAUUUAAUAAGUAUUGCCCUCCAAAGAAACUAUUUUUAAAGAGGAAAUAAGUUGAUAAUUUAAUGGAUACUUAUAAGAAAAAGU